AUGCCGAAGGGUUCGAGAUUCGGGGGAUCCCAUGGUUUCUUCAGGGCCUACUGCUGUGUAGUCGCUGUUGCCGUGGUCCUCUCCAUGGCCUGUCAAUGCAGAGCUCUGAACACAGAAGGAAAGCUCCUCUUGGAGGUGAAGAGCAAGCUCAGGGACGAUCUCGGCCACCUUGUUAACUGGGACCCUAAAGAUGAGACUCCCUGCGCGUGGACUGGCGUGGGAUGCACAGAGAUCGGCAACCAGAAUCAAAUCGUCGUUACAGGCCUUAACCUGGGAUCCAAGAAUCUCUCUGGAACUCUCUAUCCAGGAAUAUGCGGGUUGACCCACCUGUCCUUUCUCGAUUUGUCCUCCAAUUCUCUGUCUGGCGGUAUCCCGAAGGAGAUCGGAACCUGCUCGAGGCUGGUCUCCCUCUACCUGAACAACAACAAGCUUCAGGGAGAUAUCCCACCGGAGCUGGGGAGUCUGCCCUCCUUGGAGAGGCUCAAUAUCUGCGAGAACAAGAUAUCGGGUGUUCUUCCAGAGGAGAUCGGGAACAUCUCCUCCCUGCUGGAGCUGGUCGCCUACACCAACAACAUCGCCGGCCCGCUGCCGCCGUCCAUCGGGAGGCUAAAGAACUUGGCCACCUUCCGUGCGGGGCAGAACAUGAUCUCCGGCAUCAUUCCGCCGGAGAUUGGUGGGUGCUGGAGUUUGCAGGUUCUCGGCCUGGCAGAGAACCGGCUGGUGGGCGAGAUCCCCGUCGAGCUUGGGAGGCUCGGAAAUCUGACAGAACUGGUCCUUAGGAAUAACUUGCUGUCGGGGACCAUCCCGAAGGAGCUUGGGAACUGCGUCAACCUCAAGACCAUCGCUCUGUAUCAGAACAACCUGAUGGGGAAGAUUCCUGUGGAGAUUGGGCGUCUUGGAUCUCUGCAAAAUCUGUACCUUUAUCGGAAUGGGCUGAAUGGGUCGAUCCCGAAGGAGAUUGGCAAUCUCACCUCAGCCAGGGAGAUCGAUUUCUCGGAGAAUUUCUUGACCGGUGGGAUCCCCGUCGAGCUGGGCAAGAUCAAGGGAUUGCAGUUGUUGUACCUGUUCCAGAACAAGUUGACGGGGGGUAUCCCCCCCGAGCUGUGCAGCCUGAAGAAUUUGACCAAGCUGGAUCUGUCCAUCAAUGGCCUCACGGGACCGAUCCCCCUCGAAUUGCAGUAUAUGCCCAAGUUGGCCCAGCUGCAGCUCUUCAGCAACAACUUGACCGGUGGUAUUCCCCAGGAUCUCGGGGCGCAUAGUCCACUCUGGGUGGUUGACUUCUCGGAGAACAAUCUCGAGGGUCAGAUCCCCAGGAACCUCUGCCAGCACUCUAACCUCAUCCUGCUGAAUCUGGGCUCGAACAGGAUCACCGGGAAUAUCCCCAGCAGCAUCACUGACUGCGUCUCCAUGGUUCAGCUCCGCCUGGGCAACAACAGUCUCACGGGGAGCUUCCCCUCAGACCUGUGCAAGCUGGUCAACUUGACGACCAUCGAGCUGGACCGGAACAAGUUCAGCGGUUCUCUUCCGCCGCAGAUCGGCAACUGCACGGCGCUGCAGAGGCUCGAUCUCCACAGCAACUUCUUCACCUCCGAGCUGCCCAGGGAGAUCGGCCGUCUCUCUCAGCUGGUGAUCUUCAACAUCUCCUCCAACGAGUUCCUCGGCGGAGUUCCCCCGGAUUUAGUCAACUGCAAGAAGCUCCAGCGGCUGGAUAUCAGCCAGAACCGCUUCACCGGCGGCCUGCCGGAGGCGCUGGGCAGCCUUGUGCAGCUGGAGCUGCUCCACGUCGCCGAUAACCAGCUAUCUGGGGCGAUCCCCGCCAUUCUUGGAAACCUCCCUCGGGUGAUGGCGCUGCAGAUGGGGGGCAACAGAUUCAGCGGGGAGAUACCCGGAGAACUCGGCGGGAUCUCCAGCUUGCAGAUCGCGCUGAACCUCAGCUACAACAAUCUCUCCGGCCCGAUUCCACCCCAGCUCGGGAACCUCGAUAUGCUGGAGUGUCUGCUGCUCAACAACAACCAUCUCUCCGGCGUGAUCCCCUCUUCAUUUGGGGGCCUCUCCAGUCUGCGCGAGCUGAACGUCUCUUACAACGAUCUGUCUGGGCCGCUCCCGCCGCUCUCUCUGUUCCAGAACAUGACCUUGAGCUCCUUCCUGGGAAACAAGGGCCUGUGCGGCGUCGCCGCCCUCGGCCCCUGCGGCGCCUUCACCGCCGCAUCCAGUCCGGUGUCCCUGGAGGGGUUCAGGACGCGGACGGGGAGGAUCGUGGCGCUGGCUUCGGCCGCCGUCGGCGGGGUCUCCCUGGUUCUCAUCGUCGUCGUCAUCUACUUCAUGAAGCGGCCGGUGGAGACGGUGGCCCCUGUGCAGGAGAAGCAGCCGUCCUUGUCCUCGUCCUCGUCCUCCGGCCUGCAAAUCUCCCCGGACAAGGGCUUCACUUUCCAGGACGUGAUCAAGGCUACGAACAACUUCGACGAAGGCUUCGUGAUCGGAAAAGGAGCCUGCGGGACAGUUUACAGGGCGGUGAUGAGCUCCGGCCAGACCGUGGCCGUGAAGAGGCUGUCUUCGCACACAGAGGGGAACACCAUGGACAACAGCUUCAGGGCGGAGAUCUUGACCUUGGGGAAGAUCAGGCACAGGAACAUAGUCAAGCUUUACGGCUUCUGCUACCGCCGGGGGGCCAACCUGCUCCUCUACGAGUACAUGUCCAGGGGAAGCCUGGGGGAGCUGCUCCAUGGCGAUGAGCAGCAGCAGCAGAGCGCCGCCACGGCCCUCGACUGGGGGACCCGCUUCACCAUCGCCCUCGGGGCUGCAGAGGGUCUUUCCUACCUGCACCAUGACUGCAAGCCCCACAUCAUCCAUCGAGACAUUAAAUCCAACAACAUCCUGCUCGACGAUAAUUUUGAGGCCCACGUCGGGGAUUUCGGCCUGGCCAAGGUCAUCGACAUGCCCCACUCCAAGUCCAUGUCCGCUGUCGCCGGAUCCUACGGGUACAUUGCACCUGGUGAGCCCCUCUCUCUCUCUCUCUCUCUCUCUCUCUCUCUCUCUCUUGCCUCUGCGGGUACCAGCUACGGGUAGCUGUUUUACAGAAACAUCGCCAUUACUACGCCAUAUGGGUAGGCCCCCCUGAACCAAAAAACCCUGCCUUUUUUAGUUUGUUCUUUGGGUUCUCACUGGAUCUUAGCGUGAAGCUCUCCCUUCCGUCGACCCUCAAGAUCUUAGCACUGGAGAGGCUGAAGAUCUCUGCAAAAAACCCUAGCUAAGAUCAGGAAGCCGGAUCUAUGAUGUCUCUGUUCUUGUUUCCUUGUUUCCCAGAAAACAGAGAGUCUUCGUUUCUAUUGAUGUUCUCACCUGAUUUUGAAGUCAACGUUGAUCUUCUUCCUUCCCUCUCCAUGACAGAGUACGCAUACACCAUGAAGGUCAACGAAAAGUGCGACAUUUACAGCUACGGAGUGGUCCUCCUGGAGUUGCUGACCGGCAGGAGACCUGUGCAGCCCUUGGAGCAAGGCGGCGACCUGGUGACGUGGACAAGGAACUACAUUAGAUCAAACUCGUUGGAUUCGACGGUGCUCGAUCGUCGGUUAGAUAUCGGAGACAAGGCUACAGUCGACCACAUGAUCUCGGUCAUGAAAAUUGCCUUGUUAUGUACCAGUAUGUCCCCAUUUGACAGGCCCCCGAUGCGGCAAGUGGUGAUGAUGCUGAUCGAGUCAAAGGAGAGAGAAGGGCGCCCUGCAGGCUCCCCGCCUUCUUCUCAUAAUCACUUCCCCAUGGAGGACUCCAUGUAA